CAGGCCCCGCCAUCUCUCCGCCGCCUUCAAUGGACGAGAAGUGCAGCCGCUCGCCGCCCGCGCCUCCCGCCCCGCUCGCCAAUGGAGACGCCCAGCAGCAGCGGCAGCAGCCCGGCGGCGGCAGCAGCGGCAGCGGACACCUAGCCACCAAAGCCAGCGAUGUCUCAGACGGCCAGAAAGCGAAGAAAAAGAAGAAAGCAGGUUUUGAAGAAUUAAAUGGUGAUGCUGGAUCAGAGGACGAAUUUGAAUCUACAGCAAGCCAGGAAAUUGAAGAGUUAAACUUGAUUUCUUCCAGCACGGUUAACGGCAGGAAGCAAUUUCUAGACACUAAUUUCAACCCCAGGCACACAACAAAAACUAUUGUACACAACAGAGUGGUUAAUAAAACAAAGAAUUAUAAUCAAAAAAACAGUAUGGACAAAAAAAAUGACAAAGUCUUUGAGAAUAAAUCCAGGGAUAGCAGAUUGAUUGAGAAAAAGGAGGCAUUGUCACUUCUCAAUGGUGUUAUAUCUGGCAGCUCUGGGUAUAUUACAAAUGGAUUUUCUGUCAAGAAUUCAGCUGACAAUGAUGGUAGUGGAUCUGAGAGUGGUUACACUACCCCGAAGAAACGCAAAGGUCGGAGGAAUAGUGACAAAGGUGUUGAGAACUUGAAUUUGUUUCAAGACAAAAUCAUGCAACGCGAGGGGAAUUCACCAACCCCAAAACUAGAUCUUGACAACACCAAGCUCGAGUUACCCGAGCAGAAAGCAAGUCGUGUCGAAAAUGCAAAACCUAGUGGCAGGUAUGAGCCUGCACCCGUUAAUGCUGCUGGAACCCGUGGAAAGGUGGGAGCCAGUGAAACUCAGCGAAAAAAUUCCGAUGGAAAGCCUAGUGGUGGUAAGAAGUAUGAAGAGAAACCGAAAUCUAAGGCAGCAUCUGUGACUUCAAAGGAAGAUUCCUGGACUCUCUUUAAACCACCUCCAGUCUUCCCAGUGGACAACAGUAGUGCAAAAAUUGUUCCCAAGAUUAGUUAUGCAAGUAAAGUUAAAGAGAACCUCAACAAAUCAUCCUCUAAUCAGUCUCUGGCUGUGGACACUCAGACACAAGCUUCAGGUCGUUUGUCACAUGUUCCUAUGUCUGCUGUGAAAACUGUCACCUCAACUAGUUUUUCCAAUGGUUUGGCUUCAGUAGUUACUGAUGGGCAUAUUGGUGUUUCAGGAGUUCAGACAGUUAUUGCUGCCAAUACUGUAGUGCCUGCCUCAUCUGGGAGUGAAACAUCUGUGUCUCCUGACGGCAUAGACCCAGAGGCCAUGGAACAAAGAAAGCAGGGUCUCUUUGUCUACCCUUCAAAUAUGCAAUCGGUGCUUCCUGGCACAACACAGGUGGAUCUGCCAUCACAGACAACUCAACAAAACCUGGGGGAUAUUUUCCAGAACCAAUGGGGGUUAUCUUUUAUUAAUGAGCCAAGUGCAGGACCUGAGCUAGCAUCUGUAAAAUCUGUGGACAACCCACCUCUGGAUUUGACAUUUCAAGCUGAAUGUGCAGCCACUUUGGUUUCACAGGGUGCUGAACUGCUGUCUUCAGGAUCUGAAAUUCCUGUGUUUCCAAAGGCUUAUGAACUAGACAAACGGACUAGCCCUCAGGUUCUCGGCAAUGUCAUGAAGACUGCCACAGUGGCUGCUAGUGUUUCUGCUGAGAGCAUGACUCGGUCUGUGGAACCACAUAUUAGUGAACUGCAAAAGAUGGCUGCUACAAGCCAAAGUGCAAUAGGUUUUGCCCCAAAAGACUUUGGGAAAGAAACACCACAACAGGCCUCUUCUACCAAUGCUUUGGUGCCAUCAGCCAAAGAACACCCAAGGUACCACAGAGGCUUUGACAGAAAAGACAGCUUUGGGUCAUUUGACCUGAAAUCUGCUGUUAUGUAUCACACUAAAGAAAUGGACUCUAUAUGGAACCUGCAUAAACAAGAUCCUUCGAGAGUAGUUACUUAUGAUGAAUCUAUGGACCGUCCUGGUCAAUGAAGUCAGCUUGGUGAACUGCCUAUUUUCAUUGUUGCUGCAAGCCACUGUCUGGAAGCGGUUAUGCUCCUUUUAAAACAAAAUCAUCUCUUCAGCAGUGGGCCAGUUCAGGAGAGACAUUCAAAAUAAAUAAAAACAAAAAAAAAUAUUUUUAAAAAAACAAACUGAAUUUGAGUGAGUGCAAAGAGUGUGUCCAACAGUUAUUUAGAUGGACUUUAAUUGGAUAUUUAAUGACCUCUGGUACUGAACGUAUUACAAAGCAAAACCUGAACGCAAUGAAUAGUGGACAUUUUACUUAAAUCUGGUUCUUAAGAUCCUGCUGGUGUAAUGUCAGGCUCUGGCGAACCACUGAAGGGGCUGUCCCACUUCACAAAGGCUGCAUUUGGCUGUGAGUGCACAGAUUCCACAGGGGGAAAAUACGAGGAUUUGCAGAACUUUUUAAACAAAACCCCAAAAAAAGUUAUGCUGGAAUAAUGCCUUGAAGUACGGUGUGUGUUUUUUCUUUUUCCUUGCUGCAACAUUCUCAGAUUUUGCUGGGAUUAAGAUGGCCUGUUAGGCCUUGGGGGAAAAAUUGUCUUAACUCAUCACUGGGAAGAUAUCAAAAUCAGACAACUGCAAUAUUAAAUGAUGCAGGUCUAAUGGUUCACUGAUCAGAAAGACCAUGCUCCACAUGCGGAGGGUGUAUUAUGUGAAAUGUGGAGUGAUUCAACUUAGGUAUUUAAUGUUGUACAAUGCUUUCCCUUUUAGUUUUGUUACGAAUUUGCCAUCGUACGUGUUAGUGACAUAAACUGCACUGCUUUUGCUCCGGGGCUUCACAUUUGCUGCCCUUCUAGGCCAUUAAAAUAUCCCAUUCAGUAGAUUUCCUCGUUGCAUAUCUGGCCUUAACUAUUACUAAAUGACAUGUAUUUGCUUACUAUGCCCUCCUUUCCCUUUUUAAUAUCAUCUUGCUUUUUAAAUUGCAUUUUCAUGCACUAUAUACCAGAAUCGUGCAACAAAAACAUACAUUUUUUUUAAAAAGAGAAAAAAAAAGUAGAUUUUAAAAAGUCAAAUUAAAAUUGGAUCACUCUCCUACAUUCUUUAGCCCUCUUAUGGGACAGUUUCUGUCAAAAUUGAUGAUUUGGUUAUUGAAUUCUAAUGCAUUCUGUGUAGUCCACAGCUUUAUUGCUGCUUCUAAACUCUAUUAAAGAUAUAUUUUUAAUAUGAAAAAUGUGCUUGGAUUUUACAAAUCAGCAAAGUGCUUUAUGGCAAUAUUAGAAGUGAGUGAAGAGUGUGCAGGCAUGGACUUGUGAAUGUGCAACGGUAGUUAUUGAACACUACAGCUUGUGCAGCAUGUAAGACUAGACACCAGAGUGGAGAGAUUUGUUUUUAUCGUCCCUGUGGCUUUACGCUCUGUCUUGCAAAAUAAAUGUCCUCUAUCUAAUUUCUGCAGUGUGGUUGUGGAUAAUGUAAUGUGCUCAACACUGCUCCUCCCCAGAUGCUUGUGCUUCCCUUUUAUCAGUUUGGUUAUCUUUCAAGGACUAGACAGGAGUUAACCCUCUAAUUUGUUUAAUAAACUAAAAUCUUACAAUGCCAAAUAUUUCUGCUGAUUUUAUUUUGAGUAAAAGCCCAUUUCUGGGGAGAGCAUUUUCAAGCUAGCAUACUUUUUUGGGACAAAAGUGUGCUUGCAUGAUGGUGGCCAGGAUUAAAUUUGUAACCUGUGGCAUCUGGACACAGGAUCUGUCCACUUACUGUAUUUUUUUAGAAAACCUUACGUAUGCCUUUGCACACCGAAAUGAAAAAGCAGAAAACCACUGUCCUUUCCAUUUUCUUUUUCCCCCUCCCAAUGGAAUAGAAAGGUUUGCAUUUAGUUUUUUGUUGAGUUUGUGCUACCUUAAACACAAGCCUGAUAUUUUGGGGGCUUUAACUGAUUCCCAGUAAUAAGCAAAGUAUACUAAUGAACAAUCCAAGAUGGGCAGUUUUGUUUCAGAAUUUCAACAGUUUCUUAUUUUGUACUACAUAUUGUUAGCAGAAUCUUUCUUGGUCAUAUUUGGAGAUGUUCGCUGGCAGAUGUCAAAUGGGGAAAAGUCUUGCCAUGGGUCGUUUACUCAAAGCAAUUAAUAACUAAUUUGGCUACUCCCAACAAAUUUGUAACAACUUAAUUUGAUUACUAAUCCCUAGAAUGAAUGGUAGGGCAGCCCAGUACAUGUUUGGUACUGUACAUAUCUGGUACACUAGGGCCAUACAACUACUGGGUCAACCCACCCAGACUUUGUUAUGCGUAAUUACACCUUGUUCUAUCUUGUGAUCUGUCACUCUUCUUUGAUUAUUCAAUAAGCACUUAAAAUUUCUUAACUUUUUAAUCUGUUUAUAUUUUUUUGGAUAGGCAUGUAAGUUUUAAGCGUAGUUCAAAUCAUUUGUGACUAAUUAGUACAGUGAAUGCUGAUGUGUUACUGUCGUGGAUGUAACAUUUUCCGCCUCAAUUGUUAGUACUGUGUAGCAUAAACCAAAUACAGUGUAGACUGCAGUGCCCUUUCUAUGAAGAGACUUAAAAUUGGGAAGAGGGACUGAGUGUGUAUGAGAGCAUGUGUGUGUGAGAUCUAUACAGUAUCUGGUGCAUACGUUUAUUAGUAUUGAGAAUAAGAACUUAAUUUAUUUUGUGCCAUGUGUUGAUUUCAUUUCAUCGAGUAAUAAUCAUCAGAGGUCUAAUUAUUGCAGAAUGGCACUAAGCAAGUCAGAUAGCAUAGGUUCUUUUAAAUUCUUGUUGCUACGAUACAAACUAAUCAUGUUUGAAGUCUUUGAUACCUGUGUUUAUUUUUAAAAAGAAUUAUUUUUUUGUAAUGCAAUGUCAGUCCAGCUGUAGGCCUUGCAGGUUAGCCUUUUUCAUUCCAGGUCCCAUAUUGUGUCCCCUUUCCCCAAGGCAAAGGCUGCCGGAACCUCAGGGAGUUAAAGCUGCCGACAUGCAUGUGUGCUCCAUGUUCCACCCACAUUUGUUUAAAGAACUGUUAGUUUGUGUCACUCCCCCCCCGCCCCCCCCAUAGUAUUUUCUCAAUUGUACCAUCAAAUUUGAUGGCCUGUAUGGUUAGUUUUGGUUCAUUAAUGCAAGUCUUGUCUGUAUGUCACCAUAAAAUUAAUGUAUUUUUAAAUGCUUGCUAUUGUUACUAAUUAUGUUAAUUUAAAAAUCAAAAAAAAAUUAAAGUGUAUAAAUGUGGGAUUGAACAUUUGAUCUAUAGAAACUUUGUCAAAUCACAGCUUGGAAAAGCUUUAGGCUGUUCAAUCCUUGAACCAGUAUUCAAGGAUUAUUCUUUCCCUUUGUUCAAGUAUCUGUUUACAGUAAAGGGUGAUUGGGUUGUAUGUAAUAGACUGAAGCUGCUACAUGGGGUUUCUGACCAGGCAUCCUAAUAGUAGGGACAGCAUGGAAAUGUAUCGUGAAAUACAUUAGCAUAGAACAUAAAGCUGGAGUGCUGAGGAGCAUAAUACCUUUGAAUAAGUAGUGCUUCAGAAUUAUAUGCUCGGUGUAUUUAUGCCACCAGAGUGGAGUUGGUGACUGAAACAUGUUGCUGUGUUCAGAUACAGUAUUUCUUAACCAUAACCAGUAUUUGGCAAUGGCUCUCUGCUGGUUACGUAUUUCCAAAUGAAAAGACAUGACUCGGUCAACAAGUUUGAGUUCAGGAAAUUCCUGUUUACAUCAUGUGCGAGAGUAAAACACUUUUUUUUUUUUUUUUUUUUUUUGCAAUCUUUGAAAAAUAUCCACGUGAAAUGGCAAUUGCAGCUAACAUUCUACUUGGCACUUGUGGUGGGCAAUGAGGUGUUGGUUCCCUGUGUAUUACGACUGACCUAGUAAGUAUUAAUACAGUUCCCAUCUGCAAACAUUUAGGCAUCUGAAAUGUGAGGGAUGUGGGAGAGUUGGUAGCCUUUAGUAGAAAUUGAGAAGUAAACUCAUGUUUAUUACAUAGUUGUAAUAGGGAAUUGGUAUUAGUAAUGACACGUUUAUAUUAUUCAUCUAGUAACUAAUACAUAGCUGGAAGAUCUUUCGCUUAACAACUUCAGGAGACUGACCUUUUUGCAGAUUUUAUUCCCAAGUGUUCUUAAGCUUGUGGUUUGCCCGUGUGUGUGUUGGUGAAAAGAUGCAUGGAGUACAUUGUUUCCCGUUUUAUUUUUGAAUUUGCUAUCCAACCAGGACACUUUGAAUCACUUUAAGGAAUUUAGUCACUUCUUUCUUGCAGAUGAAAAUUUGGGAAAAUUCUGCUUUAACUAUGUAGAAUGGCUGUAAGUUAAAUACGAGUGAAGAAAAAUAUUUCAUUAAUGCCAUUAAAGCUGAAAAAGAACAGCAUCAAUGUCAAAUACAUAGGACUGUGUUAUUACAGCAGUGUUGGUGUAGUUAUAUUUUAACCUGAUUAGAUGAAUGGCCUGAAGGGUCUUAAGUGGAACAAACUAUUUAUUGUGCAAUUAUAUGUUCUCAUUAUCCAGUGGGUAUAUUCAACAAACAGUUUUUAGUUGCUCGUUUCUUUACCACCCAAUGAUAUACCACAGGAAUAAUGGCAGGCUUUGCAAAAUACACCUGUCAACCAAGCUUUUGUCUUGCUGCUGUAUUGGUGACAUGGUCUAAUUUUUCUAGCCAAAAGUUGGGCAGCAUAUGAUACAAACAGUUAACGUUUUCCAUGAUAUUGAUUUAUGAAGAUAUAGAAUUGCCCUCACUCUGGUAAGAACGUGUGUGGCUACAGUAUCAUUUUUUUAAAUUGUCUGUGAAUCCUGAAUGUGUUAAUAAGCACCUUGCUUUUAAAAAAAAAUAGUUGUCUGCAACUUAUUGCUGAGUAGAAAACUGUAAUUUCUUCCUCCUGCUCAAAAAACAUCUCUGCUAAUUCUGCCUUAUACAGGAUCCCUCUGUGUAUCAUUGUGUGAGAUUUACUUCCUGGGCUGCUUGCAUUACAUUAGAAAUGCAUUUUGCACACUCAGGUUUUGCUGAAGCUCCAGUAAUGUUUGCUUGAGCUGAUGGUAUUGAGCUAUGCACGUGUUUUUGAGUUAGUAGAUUUCUUCCCAUUCAGUAUGUUUAUGUUGGAGUGUGUGUGCGUUGUUCUUUGCAGUUUAAGUUCUAUAGUCAGGGUCGGGUGAACAUAUCUUGAUGGGCCAAUUACCCAUUAGUAAUGUAGAAUUCUCCCAACCCCCUUAACCCUUUGAGAUAUUCAAGCAUCAAGAUGUUUGUGGUUUGCAUUACAAGUUCAGACUCUGUUCAGAUAGAGCAGGUUCAAUAAAGAAUGACCCAAUUCUUUCAUUUUCAUGUAUUUGUCACCUAUUUGUAUGUCUCACGAUUGUUAAAAGCUAUAACCUAUAUCUCACACGUUUUAAAAGUUCUUAUUUCUAACAUUUGUAAAGAACUGCAUAAUUCCUGAUUAAACUGUUGCUAUUUUCAAUUAGUGUCAAUUUUUGAAUUUUGUUUCAAAAGCCAUAGGAGAAUUUAUAUAGAAAGUUAUCUUGUAAAUGGGUGUUAAUAUAAAUAGGUGUACAGAGAUGUAUGGCUGAUGGUUUGGCCAAAAUGUAUGUUUUUGAUUUACUCCAACUGUUCUCCCCUCCCCUCACUGCCACCAAACCUAAAAUACUCUUUUAUAAAUCAUUUGGGCACCUCCUAAACAUACAGAGGAUUAUAAAAUAUCCAGUGCCUAUUUGAUCUAAACAAUUCAACAGAACAGGUUUUCUAUAAAUAAAGUGUGCUUGUGAAUAUCUUUUUUUUUAAAUAACAUCGGGAAUUGUACAAUAACCGUCAUGACUGAUUCUUGAUUUCUGACCUGUUACAGGUUAGUUAGUGCUUGUAAUCAAAAACAUACAUUUUAAUAUUAAUUGCCAGACUUAAUGUACAGUACCUUUCGUGAGCUCCAGGAGUUAAAUUUUAUCUUAUCAGUUAAAUCAUUCCCAGCAAAAUGCCCUUUAUAAUGUCUUGUAUGCCUCCGAUAAUCCCCCAUCACAAUGUGGUCUCUCUUGUAUUGAGAAUCUGAAACACACGAAACAACACUUUGGCAGAAAAUGUUUCUGUUCUCCAAUAGGUCUAUUCAACACUAAAUGACAUCAUCUGAGGAGAAAUAAAAACUUGAGAAUCUAUUCCUACAAAGUGACUUGAUGCAUUUCAGUAGGAACUAUUUCCUUAGUUUGGAUUAGUACAAUUUAAAUGCUUCAAAGAAACUUCUCAAUUCGAAAGGAACUUGUGUUUCCAUGCUUUAUGCCAGUUACUACGUGUGUGUGUGUGUGUGUUUGAGUGUAAAUUUAAAGCGUAUCCAAAUUGUAAACUACCAUGAUUUAGCUGGUAUGAGAAGUACAGAAACUAAUCCUGGAUGAAUGUGCAUGAAUUCCUCUGUAAAUUUGUAACCAGAACCCACAGAAGACUUGAUUCUUGGGAGUUGCCAUGUUUUAGAUAAUUAUGGUUUGCCCAAUCUCCCCUUUUAUUUUUCCUACCCCAUCCCAAAAUAAGCUUGUACGCCUCACUGCUUCUUCAAAUGGUUUGAAUUAUUUGCAAACAUGUUAUGGCUACAAAUUGCUUUAAUUUUGCCACCGAUAUAAAUACUGAAAUGGAAAGCACUAGACAUGCAAAUAAUACACACGGUCCCUUCUUCCCAGAGGAGGAGGUUUGUCUGGUGUUGUAUUUGAAAAUGCAUAUACACAUACAUAUAUACAUAGAUAUAUCUAUAUAUAUCUAUAUAUAUAUAUAUAUUAUCACUGUUGUAAAUCUGUCAUGCUUUUUCAUCUUGUGUCCAAGUGGUCGAACAACCAAGGAAAAAUAGAGAUUAUAUGAUCUUGUCUCCUAAACGCCUGUCAGAAGGAAGAAUGGAGAUCUGGUUAUUAGCAUUGUAUUUUUUUUAAUUUUAAUCACAACUUGAAAUCAGCAUUGUGAAUCUUGAGAGGAAAGAUACUUUUAUGAAACCAUAGUUUCUUAAAUAUUGUUGGAAUUGAGCAUGUGGAUAAUGAACUGUUCUUGUGCAACUGUAUGUUAUGAACUGAUUGUACAAACUUGACCUGGGCAUGGGACUGUGGCCUUAAUACAUGGCAACUCCAAAGUAAAUGAUAUCUGAAAAAAUAUUUUGUGAUCCAGUUUUAUUGUAUAUGAAAUUUCUUUUGUCUAAAGUUUUUGUCACUCUUAACCUUAAUUCCUUUCUGUAUACCCAUCCACUUUGUAAUAGAUUGUAGCUGUAAAAGUCGAUUCCUGGCAGCAUUAGCCAUGCUCUCGAGCUCCAGGAAGUGAAUUAAAUUUCGCUGCAGGCUUUUCAAUUUUGUUUCCUUUCAAGACUUAAGUCAUGACUGUCUACUAAGUUCACUGACAAUCAUGGUACAAAAAAAUGUUCAAAUAAAACUCUUCUGCUGCUUUAUUUUCUGCAAUAAAACUUUUUUUGUUCCUUUUUUCUAUUAAUCACC